AUGUCAGAGCAGAUGCUGGCCAAGGCUGGGGCUGCUGGGACACUAGAAGACAUCUGUCAUGAUUAUCAGUCUUCACUGGAAGACCUGACUUUCAAUAGCAAACCGCACAUCAAUAUGCUGACCAUUGUAGCUGAGGAGAACCUGCCCUUCGCCAAGGAAAUCGUCUCUGUCAUUGAGAAUCUUACUCAAGAACAACUAAUAAGGCAAGAGAUACUUGAAAAACAAAAACAGUUGUUAGAACUUCAGCAGAAAAACCUGGAGCUUCAGAAGGAAAAAGAUGAGCAAAUGAAAUCUUCUGAACACAGGCUGAUUGGAAGUAGAAGUCAAAUCAUAAAUGGCAUUGUGCAAAAACAGGACAUGGUUACAGAAGAUUUGGAAAAAGAGGGGACAAAACCAGGGAGAUCAAGCACUCAAAAGAGAUCAAAAUCGAGGUCACCUAAGUCUUGGUCACCCAAAGGAAGGCAAAGAAGUAUGUUUUCAACUUUGGCCUCCAAAGCUGGAAAGAUGCAAGAGCCAGGACUUACACCGUCACAUAUGGAAGAGUUCCCAGCACCUUCUAGGGAAGAAAGAAAUGUUAAGAGAAGUACUAAGCAGGAUGUUCAAGUUCCCAGACUACUGAAAAACAUGCAUGAAAAUCGGCCUCGAGAAACUGCAAGUAAACAUUCUAUGAGGUCAGAUGCUGAGCCAAAAGAGAAUAUAGAUAAUUGGCAAAGCUCCAAGUCGGCCAAAAGAUGGAAAUCUUGUUGGGAAGAAAGUCAAAGCUUCCAACAGUGUGAUGACCAGAGUAAAGCACCUCAUCUAAGGCAUAAGGAGAGCUGGUCAAGCACUAAAGGAAUCUUGUCACCUGGAAGCCCAGAGCAGCCCCAUGGACCAAGGGUAGAUACCAAUCUUCAGAUUCCUAAAGAGAUAAGUCUGGCAAGAAAGAGAGAAUUCCUUCAAAGGACAAGUGAACGUUUAGCUUCUGGGGAAAUUUCACAUGAUGAAUUUGAUGGGCCUGGUAGGCCAUCUGUGAGAAGAGAUGGCCCAGCCAAGAUGAUUUUUGAAGGACCUAACAAAUUAAGCCCUAGAAUUGAUGGACCUCCUACACUGGGUUCUGUUCGGUUUGAUGUGUCACCAGGACAAAUGGGGGGAGGAGGCCCUAUGAGAUUUGAAGCACCACAUGGUCAGUUAGGAGGUGGAUGCCCUUUGAGAUUUGAAGUUUCUCAAGGACCAGUAGCAACACCUCUGUGGUUUGAAAAGACAAUUGUUCGACGAGGUGGAGGAGGAGGCAGCAGCUGCAGUUUAAGAUUUGAAAGUUCACCUAGUGUGAGUUUUAAGGAAUCUACAGGUGGUUUGGGAUUUGAAGGAUUUGGGGGUAAGCCUUUGGGUGGUCUGAGAUCUGAAGGUCCUCAUGGACAGCCUGUGGGUAGUCUUAGAUUUGAGGGGGAUCAUGGUCCAUCAGGGGCAGCAAUUAGGUUUGAUGGGCCUCAUGGUGAGCCAGGUGGUGCUAUCAGAUUUGAGGGCCCUUUGCUACAGCAAGGAGAAGGAAUGAAGUUUGAGGGUCCCCAGGGUCAGUCUGUAGCUGGUCUGAGAUUAGAAGGACAUAAUCAACCAGGUGGGAACCAUAUGUCUGAGGGACCACAUGGCCAACCAGGUGUUGGGAUCAGGUUUGAAGGACCGUUAGUAAAACAGGGAGGUGGACACAGAAUUGAGGGUCCUGUACCAGAAGGUGGCCUGAGAAUUGAAUCACCUCUGGGUCAAGGUGGUUCAAGAUUGGAAGGUUGUAACUCUUUAAGAUUUGAUGGACAGCCAGGUAAGCCAUCACUUUUGCCAAGAUUUGAUGGAACACAUGGCCAGCCAGGUCAUAGAUUUGAAAGAACUGUUCAGCCAGGUCCACAGAGAUUUGCUGGGCCACCUGGACAGCAGGUUCAACUGAGAUUUGAUUGUGUACCUCAAAGAUUUCAUGGGCCACAACAGGAGCAAGCAUCAAGAUCUGACAUUUUUAUUGCUCUGCAAGGUCCCCAAUAUGACAUUCAUCCUUCACAAAGGCUUGAAUCUUUCAACCAGAUUGGUCCAUAUAAUGACCCACCUGGCAAAGCUUUAAAUGUUCCAUCUCAAGGACUACAGUUCCAAAGACAUGCACAAAUAUUUGAUACACCUCAAGGACCAAAUUUUAAUGGACCUCAUGGCUCUAGAAACCAGAAUUUCCCAAAUGCUCUUAACAGAGCUUCA